CUGGUGGUGACACCGCCAAUAAACCAAACGUAAGUUUAUUGUGCCACCCUACUGCAAACAUCGAUUGGUGCGCAUCUCUAGCGAUAACAUUGCCGGCGAAAAUGGAAGCGGAUCAAUCAGCAAGCAAGGAAGCCGAAUCAUGCAUCGACCUCUUGGUAAUCGUGCUGGACACGAACCCCUCCCAGCACUUCGUGCGCCAGAACCCACAGAACCUCACGCAAAUCCUGGAGGCGGUGAUUGCCUUCGGGAAUGCUCACCUGAUGCAGAAGGCCCAGAACAAACUGGCUGUGGUAUCCUGCUCCCACCAUGCCACAAACUUCCUGUAUCCGCUGCCCAGGAGACAAGUGGAGCUGCGCCAAAUGGAUGGGCAGUACGAGGCGUUUAAUCUGGUAGAGAAGACGGUGAAGCAGCAGCUGGGCAGCAUACUGAUGAACGCACCACGGCUCAGUGCUCCUUGUGAGAGUCUCCUGGCCGGCAGCAUGUCCAUGGCGCUGUGCUACAUAUCCAGGCUCCAGAGGAAUCUGGCGCCUGGCGUCAAGAUGCAUUCCCGCAUCCUGGUCCUCACCGGCAGCAACGAGUGCGCCUCGCAGUACAUGACGUUCAUGAACGUCUUCUUCACCGCCCAGAAACUGGGCAUUACGAUCGAUACCUGCGCCCUGGACAAGACCCUCAGCUUGCUCCAGCAAGGCUGUGACAUUACCUCCGGACAGUUCCUCAAGGUCACCCAGCUGGACGGCCUGCUGCAGUACCUCCUGUGGGUCUUCCUGCCCGCCCCGCAGAUCCGUCACAAGUUGGUCCUGCCGCCACCGCCCAAGGUGGACUACCGCGCCUCCUGCUUCUGCCAUCGCGAGCUCAUCGACAUUGGCUACGUCUGCUCGGUUUGCCUGUCGGUCUUCUGCAAAUAUAGUCCCAUAUGCACCACUUGCCACACCAUUUUCAAGAAUCCCGGUCCUCUGCCCAUCAAGGGAAAAAAGAAAAAGAAGACCGACAAGCAAAUGUAAUUCCAGCAGUAGAAAAUACUGGUUACCAAAGGAAGCAGUAUGUUAAAUAUAAAGGUACCUUUUUAGUUUA